AUGGUUUGGAGAAAAUUACCAAAAGUUGUCUUAAAACAAAGACAGUCAAUUGGUACAUAUAGACAAUCACUUCAAAAUCAAAUUAGACUUUUUUCAACCAUAUCAAACAAUGGCGAAAAUAAUAACAACAACGAUAAUAAAGAAGGCGAAGAUGAUAACAACUUACUCAAUAUGGCACUUUCAAUGCAAAAAAUAAAAAAAAAUGUUAAUAUAAAAAAUGAUAACGAUAAUAGUAAUAACAAUAAUAAUAAUAGUAAUGUCGAAGCUACCCAAGAUAGCGUUUCAUUAGAAACUUAUGAUGAAGCUUCAGAUCCAGCUAGAAUUUAUUUAGAACAAAGAAUACAUGAAAAUGGUGAUUUAAAGACAGAUGAUGGUGAAUUAACAGAUUUAUCAUAUUAUGAUGCUUCAGAUAGAAUAACUAUGGCUCACACCACCACUACAAACAAAGAAUAUAAUGGAAAAGUUUCAAAGAAUGAAAAGGCUGUUAGAAUCGAAUUUAUUAAAGCUUUUCAACACUAUAAUCCAAGACCAAGCGAAGCAGAAGAUAUCACAGAUGAUAAUGAAGUUACUCAAGUUCAAGAAUUAGAGCAAAUGGAAGAUCAAGGUGAAGCUUUACCAUAUGAAAUCAAAUAUCCAUUAAAAGAUUCAACUAGAACUGAUAUUCUCAUUAAAUUUAUUCAAAACUAUAAAGCCAAUGGUGAACAACUCUAUCGUCAAUAUAUUUCUCUCGAGCAAGUUGGUAAUUUUGGCCUUUUAAAGAAAGAUUACUCUGAUGAAUUCCCACCAUAUGUUGAUAGAGUAAAUGGUAAUAUUAUGGUUUAUGAUCCAAAAUUCUCUGCCUACAAAUACUACAGUAACAUUUACCAAGAUGAAACUCAAAGAUUCUCUAAAGAGCAAAUCCUUCGUUCAAGAUUCUUUAAUGAUGAUUUGGUUAUUAUCUCUAAAUAUCUCAAAUCUUCACCAUCAACUAUUAGAAAUGCUAUCAUUAAAGACCAAAAGCUUUUUGAACAAGUUUUAAGACUUAUUCGUAUUGAUCAACAAUCAAAUGCUCUCAUCCAAAAUGCCCCAGAAUUAGACCCAUCCAAACAAUCUACUAUUAUUGCUAAAAUCGCCCAAGAAACAGGUCUUCUUCCAAACGAAAUUGCCAAUAAUAUCAAUUCUACUAGAGACCCAGAAUAUCAAUUAAUGGAUAACCCAUCAUACUUUAUCAAAAAGGCUAAAGCCAAACAAGAAUCCUUUUCAGGACCAUUAGAGCGUUCAUUCAAUAAAGAUGCUCAAGAUACAAAAAAUGAUGAAAUUCUUCAACAAUACAAUAUUAAUAUGGCACCAAAAGAUAUUUUUUCCUUUGAUAACAUUCGUGAUCAAUAUUUAAGAGACCAACUUUCACAAUACUAUCUUGAAGUCAACAAAAGAGAAAUUCCAAAACAAUCUAAGAAACAACAAGAACAACAAGAACAAUAUAAACCAAUUCCAGCUGGUUAUGAAAAAUAUGACGCUCCAAUUGAAGAUGUUUUACCAAGCAAGCCAUCAUCAAUCGACAACUUUAAUCCAGACUUUUAUAAAGAUUUCAUUCAAUAUAGAGUUCUCGCUAUGCCACACGAAAACUUAAGAAUGCAAGAGGUUCUCGAUGCUUAUAAAGAUGGAGAAGAUUUCCAAGAUCUUGUUAUCAACGACGGUCGUAUCAAGAGGGAUGAAGUUAGAUUCUUUAUGGAAAAUUAUUUAAAUAAAGAUUUUGAAGUUGAUUUUGACAAAGUUCAAAAUGAUAUGGAAUCUUUAUAUUACAAACAAAUUAUUACUGGAAAUAAAACCACCACUAAUAAGCCAUCAUCAUCAUCAUCAUCACCAGAAUUACAACAAUCAAAAACUGAAGGUUUAAUUGAUUCAUCAAUUGUUUCAUCAGUUUUAAAUAUUAGUGAACAUUUUAAUAUUAAGCCAUCAUCAGAAUCAGGAUCAGCAUCAGCUUCAGCAGAAUCAGAUAAAAUUGGUAACAUUGAAUUAAACGAUCAAGAAAAUUCACCAUUAUCAGAAGAGUACACCAUCGAAAGUGAUUUAAAUAAUCCAUCAGAACAAGACGAUACCAACAUUGAUGCAGAAUUAUUUUUAGAUAGUGACGAAACUUUAACUCUUGAUUCCGAAGAAUUUAAAGAAACCGAAUAUACCCAUAGUCAAGAACAAGAUUAUGAAGGUGAAGAAGAAGAAGGUGUCGAUUUCUCAGAGGACCACGAAGUAGAAGAACAUAAGGAAAAUAGUAAAGAUACCUCAAUCAAAGUCCAUCAAAAUAUAGAAGAUUACGAAUACGAAGGAGUUAGUGGAUAUUAUGAUGAAAAUAGUGUAUUCCACGAAUACAAUGAUGAAGAAGGUAGAUUUGUUCUUAGAGAUGAAAGUGGUGAAAUUUGUGGAUAUGAAGAGGGUGAAUACGAUGACGAAAGCUAUGAAAGCUACGAAGAAGAACCAACAGAAGUAACACACCCAACCGAUAUGGAUGAAAGUGAAGUUCCACAAUCUUUCAGAGAAGAAGGUAAAGGUAAUGCUAUCAUGGCCAACGACUUAAACGAUCCAUUUUUCAAUGAGGAACUUGCUAAUGCCGGUGUUGGAGAAGGUGAAGAACAUGAAGAGCUUCCACAAUAUUUAGAAGACGGUGAUGAACUGUUUGUUAAAGAUAUGGAGCAAUACACCGAUUCGCUCUUUUUAACCAUCGAAACUGAAGAAAACACCAUUACUUUUGGCGAGCUCGACGAUGACGAACUUACUUUCUCUGGUGAAAAUAAUAAUGCAUUCUCAGAAGAAGAUAACCAAUUAGUUCCAUUUGAAGUAGACUUUGGUAAAAUUCAAGAAUCUAUUGAAGCUAAAAGAUCACAAUUAUCAAAAGAAGAUCUCCUUCAAUCAGUUCAAGAAGAUUUUGGUAACAACUAUUAUGAUGGUCUUGUCCAAGAUAAAAUAUUAGAAAAAAUUAAAGCUCGUUUAUCACCAGAAGCUUACAAUUCAUUAAUCGAAAUUUUAGAAACCCCAGAAAGUGAAGAAACUCAAGAAUUAGAACAAUCAUCAGAGGAAGAUGCCAAGGUUGAACAAAUUCUUCAAGAAAUUAGAUCAUUAAGUGGUAAUAAAACAGCUAGCUUUGAUGAUAUCGAUGUCGAAGAAGAAUCAGAAUCUAUUGAUGAAUAUAGCGAACUUGAAUACCCAGAAGAUUAUGACCACGAAGAUGAUCGUGGUCUUGGUUUCAGAUUUGAUGAAAAUGAAAACGAAGAAGAAGAAAAUGCCGAUUUAAUUCAUCCAGAGGGUAUCCAGCAAUUUGAAGAUGCUGUUGAAGAAAUGGAACUCUUUGAAUUAAUGGAAGGUACUUACGAAGAAGAUUUAGAUCUCCUUAGAGCUGAAGCCGAUAUGUAUGUUAAGAGAAACGAAAAGAAAAUGAAAGUUUUAGCCAAGAGACGUGCUUUUGCCAAACAAAUGAGAGAUAAACAAUUAGAACAAAAUAAACUUAAUCCACCAGUUAAAGCUCCAUAUGUCAUUCCAGUUCUUCCAACUGGUAAAAAUAUUUAUACCAGCGUUUUAGCUCCACCAAACUCUUACCUCAAACUUCAAACUAUUAGAAAUCAACCACAAAAUAAAGAAGCUCAUAAAGAAAUCAUUCAAGAAUCAUAUCGUGCCCUCUCAUCAAAUGCUUUCUAUGGCGUUAAAGAGGCCGAAUUUGCUGUAAAGAAAAUCCAUAGAGAACUCGGUAAUGCUGAAGGUUACAAGAGAUACCGUCAACAUAGUAAAAAAACCACUAAACCAGUUCCAAGUCCAAUCUUAUCAAAACCAGAUCUUAUUGUAGAAACUGAAAAACUUAACGAUUUUAAUCCUUUAUACAGAAAUAAUUAA